UAGACGCGUUUAGACAAUUCAGUAGAGAAAGGGAAGUAUUUGGACAAGAGAAACAAGAGAGUAGGAAGAAAAAGAGAGAAUUUUAUAGUGUGGUGGCAUCGGAUUUUCCGUCUGAAAUUGGGGUUUUUCUAGAAGAAGAAGAAAAAGACUGACUCGCGACUCCCUCUUUGUCUGGAUAAUAUUAUUAUUGAAGGAAAAAUUGAAAAAACAGCCGCCAAAUAUCUGCGGAGCACUUCUUGUUAACAUAUGAUAUGAUCAAGCCGGCAUUUGAUUAGUUAUUUCAUCUUUCAAUGGCGGAUUAAACGUGAAUGAGAAGAAGAGAAGAGAAGAGAAGACGAGAGAAAUGAGAUUUUAGAGUUAUUUCCUCAAGGAUUUAUUCAUCGAUAUAGGUUCGAAGCAGUGUGUUAGGAAGCAAUUGAUAAAGAAAUUUAGGUUUUGUGGUUAGGAGCAAUUGAAAAUGGAUGACUCAAGUCAAUUGCGAAACGAUAUGCCUCAAAGACUUCAAUCUCCAUUCAGUUCUCCACCGUCUUCUAUUCCUAAACAACAUCAACCAAUUAAUCGGUUUGAACUUCAUCAGCACUUGAAUAACUCUCAAAUUCAUGCUCCUAUGAGGAAUUUCUCCCCGAAUUUCAGUCCAGACGGUAACAAAAGACUUGGUAUACCUCCAUCACAUCCACACAUGCCACCACAAUCCCCUUUCUCACAAAUCCCAGUAUCUAGAUUGACCACUCAGCAACCAGGUUCUCAGAGUUUCAAUCAAGGGCCUUCUCAUUCUAGGUCUCUGUCACAACCUUCAAUGUUCUCGUUGGAUUCUUUGCCCCCAAUGAGCCCUUCGCCUUACCGGGACUCCUCAUCACCUUCCAUUUCCGAACCUGCUUCGCCUGAUCUUUCAAUGGAUGAUCGUGACAGUAGUUCACACACUUCUUCUGCACGAGGUAACUCUAUGCAUAGCCUUCCUCCUCGGAAAGAGCAUAGACGGUCCAUGAGUGAUAUCCCAUUUGGAUUCUCCUCAAUGAUCCAUUCGCCACCUCCCCUUAUCCCGUUCAGGGGCCAAAACGCCUUUGAUCAGUUAGCACCUACUAGAGAUAAUUUGGGUAUGGGCAAACCAAUUCAGUUGUUGAAAAGGGAAACACAGGGCGUUAUAGGUUCGGGUAAGAAUGGUGAAGGGUUGGGGGAGAUGAAAUCAGACGGGGAAGUAAUGGAUGACAUGUUAUCUGCAUAUUUCAAUUUGGAUAUUGUUGAUACUAUGAACACAUCUGGGAACAACGAGAACAAGAAUUUCCACGAGAGUCGCGAGGAUUUAGAUAGCAGAGCGAGUGGAUCAAAGACCAAUGGGGCAGACAGCAGCGACAAUGAAGCAAGCAGUGCAAAUGAAAGUGGCUGCAGCGUGGGUAGGGCAAAUAUAAGUUCAUCUUCUGAAAUGAAGGAAGGUAACAAAAGAAGUGCAGGUGGAGAUAUUGCUCCGACAACUCGUCAUGUUAGAAGUGUUUCCAUGGACAGUUUCAUGGGUAACUUGCCAAGUUUUGGGGAUGACUUCUUAGGAAUGCCACCCUCUCCUGGAACCUCACAGAACAACUCUGCGGAUGGAAACUCUAAUGCUUUCAGCUUGGAUUUCGCCAAUGGGGAAUUCAAUGGAGCUGAACUGAAAAAGAUAAUGGCAAAUGAGAAACUUUCUGAGAUUGCAAUGGCAGACCCUAAACGUGCCAAAAGGAUUUUGGCUAAUCGGCAAUCUGCUGCUCGAUCUAAAGAACGGAAGAUGAGGUACAUCUCAGAAUUGGAACACAAAGUGCAGACUCUACAGACAGAAGCUACAACAUUGUCUGCACAAUUAACACUCUUACAGAGGGACUCAGCUGGGCUCUCUAGUCAGAACAAUGAGUUGAAAUUCCGCCUUCAAGCUAUGGAGCAGCAGGCUAAAUUGCGAGAUGCUCUAAAUGAUACAUUGACUUCUGAAGUUCAGCGAUUGAAGAUUGCUAUUGGCGAAUAUGGUCCUGAUGGUCGGCCUUCCAUUAGUUUGGAUCAACAACGGAUGAAUAUGUUCCAUAUGCAGCGUAAGCAGGGUUCUCAGCUCAACUUCUACCAACUGCAGCAGCAGCAACAGCAACAAGAACAACAGCAACAGAAGCAGAACACCGCAGCUGCAAAGCAAAACUCGAACCAGUAAGUUAGUUCUCAGAUAACUUUAUAAGCUCUAUAGGGUUAACCUUACUUCCUUCACUCCUUUAAGAUUAUUGAAGAUCAUAGAACACAUACAAUCUUUUACAUUGUAGUUAAUAUAGUAUUUCCUUUAUUAUUUAUUGAGGUCACAUGUAGUUCAAAAUGUAGCAUUUUUUAGUUUAUCGGUUCUUUUGAUAUUGUAAGAAUUGUUUAGUCUACGGAUCUUUUGAUGACAACAAAUGAACUUGUUUCAUUUGUUUUAAGAAACCAAAACACAUAGUUGUCUUUCA